AUGGAAGAUCAGGACUUGCCCACACUGGUGCAGCUGGCGGCUCGGAGCCUGCUGACGAACCAGGCCUUGGCCAUCUCGGCUCUGGAGGACCUGCCUGUGGAGCUCUUCCCUCCACUGUUCAGGGAGGCCUUCGCCAGGAGAUGCACAGAAGCGCUGAAGGCCCUGAUCCAGGCCUGGCCCUUCCCCUGCCUCCCCCUGGGGGCGCUGAUGGAGGCGUCAGACUUGGAAGCCUUGCAGGUUGCCUUGGACGGGCUGGACAUGCUGCUUGCUCUGACAGAUCGGCCAAGACGGUGGAAAUUGCAGGUGCUGGAUUUGAGGAACCUUCACCACAACUUCUGGAAGCUUUGGGCUGGAGGCAAUGCCGAUGUCAGCCUGGCACAGGCCAAGACUAGGAGACUGAAGAGUCCAGCAGAGGAGAAUGGAGGGGAGAUGGGUACGAAGCCGCUCUUGGAGGUGUUGAUGGACCUGAACCUCAGCCAGAGAACCCUGGACCCAUUCUUGUCCUACCUCCUCCUGUGGGUGGAGCAGAGAAAGGCUUCAGUGCUGCUGAGCUGUAAGAAGUUCAAGAUCAUCACCCCAUACGUGCACAGUGCUGAGAAGAUCCUGGACAAGCUGCAGCUGGCCUGUGUUGAGGAAGUGGAAGUGAACUGCAACUGGACCCUGUCCAGCCUGGCCACUUUUGCUCCUUACCUCAGCCGGAUGGGAAAUCUUCGCAGCCUCCUCCUCUCCCACGUCCACCGGGCCGCCUCCAUUGCCCCCGAGGAGCAGGAGCGGCUGGUCCUGCAGUUCACCUCUCAGUUUGCCCACCUGGGCUGCCUCCAGGAGCUGUCCAUGGACUCUGUCUGCUUCCUGGAAGGCCGCCUGCACCAGGUGCUCAGGUUCCUGAGGACCCCGCUGGAGUCCCUCUCAAUAACCGACUCUCGGCUCUCAGAAUCAGACUUGACGUGUCUGUCGCAGAGCCCGAGCAUCUGUCAGCUCAGCGAGCUGAACCUGAGUGGUGUCAGGAUGACUCGCUUCAGCCCUGAGCCCCUCCGAGUUCUGCUGGAGAGCGUCGCGGCCACCGUGAAGACCCUGGACCUGGAGGACUGCGGGAUCCGGGACGCCCAGCUCACCGCCAUCCUGCCCGCCCUAAGCCGCUGCUCCAGCCUCACCACCUUCAACUACCUGAGGAACCCCGUGUCUGUGACCGCCCUGGAGGCCCUGCUGGUCCACACUGUGCACCUGAGCCACUUAAGCCUGGAGAUGUAUUCUACUCCUCUGGAGGUCUACGGCCCCCAGGGCACCCUGCACCAGUGGAGACUCAACCAACUUCGUGAUAAGCUGAUGAUAAUGGCAGAGCCGUUAAGACAGUCCAGAACAAUCUGGUUCAGUACCAUUCCCUGUCCUCUCCCUGGCAACCAGGCCCAGUUUGAAGCCCAGGCUCACCUGUGCCCUGGGUGUUACCGUUGGGCCUAG